AUGCGCCCUCCCCGCAAACCGCCCACCUUCCCCCACCUCACCCGCCAAUUCUCAACUUCAAAACCCCUCCCUCGAAAACCCUUCCCCCUCCACCCCUCCCCCUCUACCUUCUCCAAAACCUUCACCAACCCAACCCCACACCACACCCCCACAAAAUUCCCCUCAACUUUCCUUCAACCUCACACUCCCGCCUUCAAAAACUGGUUCCUCCAAACCCCGCCUUACAACCGUCUAAACAUCCCAUACCUUCACUCCCUCUCCUCCUCAUAUUCUCUAGACGUCCACGUCCCCGUAGAAAUCACGCCCCCGACACCUGGUUCCGACGUCGAAAUCACAAGCUUCUCAUGGAACUCCUUCCUUGACUAUUUAUCUUUACCUACAGAUGAAAUCGACGGAUACAAUGAUGAUAUCGGUAGUGAUACUACGAUCCCAAAAUUAUACCUAACACAACAUCAACCACCUCACUUCCUACUAAAAGAUCUACCACCACCUUUUACCCACCUGGGCUUCAACAUCCGCUCCACUUCAUCCCGUCGUUACCAACAAACCCAACCUUCAAAUCCAGUAAAUACACCACUUAAACCCACAAACAACUCCAAACUCCCAGAAAUAGACAUCUACAGCUCCUCAAUCUGGCUCUCCCGCUCCUCCCCACUUCCUUCAAAGCAAACACACACACCACUCCAUCGAGAUCCAUCGCAUAAUAUAUUCCUUCAACUUUCAUCCUCAAAGAAGAUUAUAGCAAUCCCACCAAAAUUAGGUUCUAAAAUCUUUACACAUUUGUAUCAACAUUCGAGACUUGAAUCUACAGAUCCCAGGGGAAGGAUACGUGAUGGAUUGUUGACGUGGAAGGAGAGUAAUGUGUUUGAAAGGGUGGUUUGGGGUUGUGAUGAUGGAGAUGAAGAAGUAGAUAUGGAGUAUGAUGAAGUUGAGAGGGAAGUAGUAGAGUUGCUUGAAUUUUGUCGGGACGAGGUUUUUGAAACGGUGGUGGAGAGGGGGGAGGCGGUGUUUAUUCCUGAAGGGUGGUGGCAUAGUGUUAAGAGUGUUCCUGAUGAGGGAGGGGGUCAAGGGCGUGGAGUUGUGGGGAGUAUGAACUGGUGGUUUCAGUAG